UCCUGCCAGGCGGGUCUGUCUCCGCCACUGUCCCUCCGGCUCCCGACCGUCCGGCUCUGCUCGGCCUGCCCUCCGCCCCACGCCGCCCGCCCGGUGCCUCUGGCCAGAGGGCAGACCAGCCAUGGGCGCCCAGCCGCGCGGAGUCCGCGUCGCGAAGCUCUUGCCGCCCUGGGUGCCGCCGCUUCUGCUGCUGCUGCUGCCAGGGCUACUUCCCUCAGUGGCCAGAGCCUCCGACGCUGAGCAUCGUCUGUUUGAGCGGCUGUUCGAAGAUUACAAUGAGAUCAUCCGGCCAGUGGCCAAUGUGUCUGACCCAGUCAUCAUCCAGUUUGAAGUGUCCAUGUCUCAGCUGGUGAAGGUGGAUGAAGUAAACCAGAUCAUGGAGACCAACUUGUGGCUCAAGCAAAUCUGGAAUGACUACAAGCUGAAGUGGAACCCCUCCGACUACAAUGGAGCAGAGUUCAUGCGUGUCCCUGCACAGAAGAUCUGGAAGCCAGACAUUGUGCUGUAUAACAAUGCUGUUGGGGAUUUCCAGGUGGACGACAAGACCAAAGCUUUACUCAAGUACACAGGGGAAGUGACUUGGAUCCCCCCGGCCAUCUUUAAGAGCUCGUGCAAAAUCGAUGUGACCUACUUCCCAUUCGAUUACCAGAACUGCACCAUGAAGUUUGGUUCCUGGUCCUACGACAAGGCAAAAAUCGACCUGGUCCUGAUCGGCUCCUCCAUGAACCUCAAGGACUACUGGGAGAGUGGCGAGUGGGCCAUCAUCAAAGCCCCCGGCUACAAACAUGACAUCAAGUACAACUGCUGCGAGGAGAUCUACCCAGACAUCACGUACUCGCUGUACAUCCGGCGCCUGCCCCUGUUCUACACCAUCAACCUCAUCAUCCCCUGCCUGCUCAUCUCCUUCCUGACUGUGCUCGUCUUCUACCUGCCCUCCGACUGCGGCGAGAAGGUGACCCUCUGCAUCUCGGUCCUCCUCUCCUUGACUGUGUUUCUCCUGGUGAUCACUGAGACCAUCCCGUCCACCUCUCUGGUGAUUCCCCUGAUCGGCGAGUACCUCCUGUUCACCAUGAUUUUUGUAACCUUGUCCAUCGUCAUCACCGUCUUCGUGCUCAACGUGCACUACAGGACCCCCACCACGCACACGAUGCCCAUGUGGGUGAAGACCAUAUUCUUGAACUUUCUUCCCAGGGUCAUGUUCAUGACCAGGCCGGCAAGCAGCGGGGGUAACAUUCAGAGGCCAAGACCCUUCAAUAGCGCUGAGCUCUCAAACCUGAAUUGCUUCAGCCACAUAGAGUCCAAGAGCUGCAAAGAAGGCUACCCCUGCCAGGAUGGACUAUGUGGCUACUGCCACCACCGCAGGGUAAAAAUCCCGAAUUUCAGUGCCAAUCUCACGAGAAGCUCCAGUUCUGAAUCUGUCGAUGCCGUGCUGUCCCUCUCUGCUCUGUCACCGGAAAUCAAAGAAGCUAUCCAAAGUGUCAAGUAUAUUGCUGAAAAUAUGAAAGCACAAAAUGAAGCCAAAGAGAUUCAAGACGAUUGGAAGUAUGUUGCCAUGGUGAUUGAUCGUAUAUUUCUGUGGGUUUUCAUUCUGGUGUGCAUUUUAGGGACAGCAGGAUUGUUUCUGCAACCUUUGAUGGCCAGGGAUGAUGCAUAAGCACUAAACUGUGUGUUACUUAUGAGGUUACUUAUGUGUAUUGGGGGAGAGGGGGCUCACUGUUUUUUUAAUUUUAUUUUUUGUUGUGCUAAAAUUCACUUAGCAUAAAAUUUAUCAUCUUAACCAUGUUUAAGUGCACAGUUCAGUGGUAUUAAAUAUGUUCACAUUGUUGUGUAACCAUCCAUCCCCAUAACUCUUCAUCUUGUAAAACUAUAGACCAGUUAAACAAUAGCUCCCCAUUCUCCCCUCCCACCAGCAACCAUCAUUACACUUUGUCUUUAUGACUGACUACUCUAAGUACCUCAUAUAAGUGGAAUCAUACAGUAUUUGUCUUUUUGUGACUGGCCUAUUUCACUUCACACAAUAUCCCUAAGGUUCAUCCAUGUUGUAGCAUAUUGCAGAAUUUCGUUACUUUUUAAGGCUGAAUAAUAGUCAAUUUUAAGUGUAUACAUUUUGCUUAUCCAUUUAUCUGUUGAUGGACACUUGGGUUUCUCCCAUGUUUUAGCUGUUGUGGAUAAUGCUGCUAUGAACAUGGGUUUACUCUCUCCAAUACCUUGCUUUCAGUUCCUUUGGGGAUAUACCCAGAAGUGGAAUUGCUUGAUCAUAUGGCAAUUCUAUUUUUAUUUUUUGAGGAACUGCCAUACUGUUUUCCACCACGGCUAUACCAUUUUAUAUUGCCACCAACAAUGCACAAGGGUGGAUUCUCCCCAGUUUCUCCACAUCCUCCUCAUACUUGUUGUUUUGAUUUUUUGAUAAUAGCAAACCUAUUGGUUGUGAGUCAGUAUCUCAUUGUAGUUUUGAUUUCAUUUCUCUAAUGAUUAGUGAUUUUGAGCAUUUUUUCACGUGCUUAUUGGCCAUUUGUAUAUCUUCUUUGGAGAAGUAUCUAUUCAAGAUCUUGGUCCAUUUUUGAAUUGCGCUUUUUAUUGUUAAGUUUUAGGAGGUCGCUAUGUAUUCUAGGUAUUAAUCCUUUAUCUGAUAUAUGAUUUGCAAAUAUUUUCUCCCAUUCUGUGGGUUGCCUUUUUACUGUCAAUAGUGUCUUUUGAUGCACAAAUUUUUUUAAUUUUCAUGAAGUCCAAUCUGUCUGCUUUUUCUUUCAUUACCUGUGCUUUUUGUGUCAUAUCCAAGAAAUCAUUGCCAAAUCCAGUGUCAUAAAGCAUUUGUCCUGUUUUCUUCGAAGAGUUUUAUUGUUUUAGGUCUUACAUUUAAGCUUUUUCUUAAUAGAGCUUCCUAUCAUCAAGCUAUUGGCUUUGCUUUUGACAUUUCAAGGUUUACUUAUUAUCCAGUUGUCUUGACUUUUGUUAAAAAAAAAUUCAUGCAAGAAAAAUGUCAAGAGAAUUAUGGCUAAAUGAAUAUUGAACCAGCCUUUAGGGUAAGGUAAUGUCAGAAUAUAAUUCUUCUACAGUGAUAAGUAGCAUGCUGUGCUAUGGACCAUGUAAAAAUGGAUUAAAUAUGAAAACUGUUUUUUUUUUAAGUGGUCGAGAUGUAACUGGAUUAAAAAAAAAACCUUACUGUUCAGAAAUGCGAAAAAUCGUUUUGUUCAGUACCACAACAGAUUUCCCAAUGGUUUUAUUUAGCUCACAAUCUCCUUGCAGUUUAUACUAUUUCAGUAAGGUCUCACUACUAUCAUUUCUUACCAUGCACUUUUUUUUUCCUGUUUUUCAAGAGUCUAAGUAAAGUACCAUGCCCUCAUUGUAGAUGGCCUCAGUUAUUUAUCUUGCAUAAUUCUAAAUUAUUAAUUAUACUAUGAGAAAUUAUGCCUAGUCACACAGUCAUUGUUUGUUAAUGAACCUUUAGAAUAGGGUUUCUCAGCCGUAGCACUAGUAACAUUUUGGGCCAGAUAAUUCCGUGUUGCGGGGGGUGGUAUCUGUUCUGUACGUUGUAGGAUCUUUAGCAGCACCCUGGCCCCUACCCACUAGAUGCCAAUAACAUACCCCCAUCCCUUGCUAGGUGUGACGACCAGAAAUAUCCCCUCAGGGGAAAAAUUGCCCCUGGUUGAGAACCAUUGCUUUAGACAAAUUAUUAAGGAGAGAGUAUCCCAUACUCCACUUCUGAAUCUGAAUAACUACUGGCAAGAGAUGAUGAUUCACAGAGACCAUUUUAAUCUUCUCAUUAGUCAUUAUGAUGUUUUUCCUAUGCAAAAAUAAAACUGACAAAAUGGCAGCCCACUGUGACUCAUGUUUCAGUAAGCCAAAAGAAGAUUUCUAUAAAAUGUAUUUACAUGUAAAAUUUUAAAGUAAUAGUAGUGGAGAUAUAAUAAGAGGGAUCGGGGAUAUAUACAUGCUAUGACAGCCAACUGGCAAUUUAAACUCAUCGAACGAGGAGACUUUCACUCACUAAAUAGCAUUAAAUACCUGCCUAAAAUAAAAGGCAAAUUAGACAGGAUCCCUUCUGCCUUCCAAAGAGUGUUGAAUUGAACUUAGACCUGUUACUGUAAAUAAAUAAGGCAUUUGUUCUCUCAAGAGCUAAGAGUUCGAAGUUGAAUACAAGAUUUCUGUCAGUAUUUUCUUCCUGGUCAUAGCUGAGUCAGGGACAUUAAAGAUGAAAAUUUUUUUU